AUGGCGCUUCGUGCUACUCAAUCGACUGCUCGCAUGGCGGCGAAUCUCCGACGCGUGGCUCGGCCUUUCUCAACAGACGCGGUGGUGGAGUCGGAUUACAAGCGUGGCGAGAUCGGCAAGGUCUCCGGAAUCCCAGAGGAGCAUCUCGCACGAAAGGUGAUAAUAUACUCGCCUGCAAGAACAGCGACCCAGCAAGGAUCUGGGAAACUUGGGAAAUGGAAGAUUAACUUCGUCUCCACCCUCAAGUGGGAGAAUCCAUUGAUGGGCUGGACUUCUACUGGUGACCCUUAUGCCAAUGUUGGGGACUCCGCUCUUGGUUUUGAUUCUGAGCUAGCUGCCAAGUCCUUUGCUGAGCGUCAUGGCUGGGACUAUGUGGUCAAGGAGCCCAAAACACCGUUAUUGAAGGCCAAGUCUUACUCUGACAACUUCAAGUGGAAAGGCAAACCUCAACUAGAGAACUGA